UCGUGUUCCAGCAGUGCCAAUAAACCAGGCGUACUGGACGGGUGUGAGUGCAGCAUUUACCUACAGUCUGUGUAUCAUUAUAAUAGUUGGCUCAUAUGCGCACCAGUGUGUCAGUUCAACAGAAAAAAAACGAGAGGUGAACAGAUCUGCUGGUUGUUGUUGUUGUUGGGUACAAAAAAAGCAGAUCGAAAGAGCCAGAAAAGGGUAACCUUUCCUAACCGCGAUCGAUCAGGGUUGCAGCAGUAGCGCAGCGCAGAAUCCGCAGAGUAAAAGUGUGACGAAGUUCGUCAACUUGAGUGAUUUCGAUCGCGAGUGUUUUUUUGUUUUCUUUUUCGGUAAAGUGUGAACCGACGGGGUUUUCGAAUACUCAUCCAAAGUGGUCAGCUGUAAGUGCAAAUUUUGGUCAACCUCUAAACUGUCACACCUUCAUUUUGCUGGUUGACUGGGGUCCAUCCACCGAUCAAAAGCCUGCAUAAAGUGUUGUUGGACUCCACAAAGCUCCCCUUUACAAACACAUAGGGACGCAGCUGAAAAACGACCACCUCACAGGCUGAACGGACAGAGAUCGCUCGCUGCUGGUGCACACCAAUACACCGAAAACACCUGUGCAACACCGAAGAUCGCGUCGUCAAACAGACGGACAGCUCCAGCGCACACUUUGAUGCCCAACAAACAAGCAGCAGCCCAGUUGUGACGUGUUGUGAGUCGCCUGCUUUGAAAGUUCGCCGAAGUUAGACGUUUGACGGCCCAGCGAAUUCAGUUUCCAGUUCCACCAGAAGCGGGCAGACAGACAGAUAGACACUCUCGUACGAAGUUUGUGGUACGACAGAAGGCGGAUUCCGGAGAUCCAAAUAGAGAUCAACCAGUCAGUCAACCGUCAAGAUUGAUUCGCUGCCGGUGCCAGUUUCCGAGUGGCCACGGUUCGGAACGGAAGUACACUUGAUUUCACGACGCGCUGACCACCCCCAGCCAUCAAAAUUUUCGGUCCAGAUCGAUCGAACGCCCAAGGUCGUGCCCCAGGGAGAGGUGCUGCCAUGGCGUCAACGCUGAUGUUCUGGAACAAACAGAACAAUAACAACAACAGCAACGGCAACAGCAACGGAAGCAGUCAAAACGGGAACGAUGCCAAGAAUACCAAGAAUGGGCGCAACUGGCUCCACGCGCCGGACGUGCUGGUCAACGGCCACGUUGCUUAUCUAGUCAAAUAUCUCGGCAGCACGCCCGUCGAGCAGGCGAAGGGAAUCGAAGUCGUCAAAGAGGCCAUCCGACGGUUACAGUUCACGCAGCAGAUGAAGAAAGCCGAAGGGGCGAGCAAUGUAAAAACGCGAAAGGUGGAAAUAACCGUCAGUGUUGACGGUGUGGCGAUACAGGAACCUCGCACCCAAACGAUCCUGCACCAGUUCCCGCUGCACAAAAUCUCGUACUGCGCCGACGAGAAGGGCGUGAAAAAGUUCUUCAGCUUCAUUGCCAAAACUAGCACCGGUUCGUCGUCGACGCCCUCGCUCAGCAAUGCCAGCGACGACAACCAUUCGGCGCACUCGGCCGAUCAGGAUCAGGGUGGCCAGCAUGAGUGCUUCGUGUUUAUUUCGAACAAGCUUGCCUCGGACAUUACGCUUACGAUCGGGCAGGCCUUCGAUUUGGCGUAUCGGCGUUACGUGAACGAAAACGGCAAAGGGGGAGAUUCUUCCAAGCUGCAAACACAGAACAAAAAGCUCGAAACGACUGUCAACGCUUACCGUCAACGCCUCAAAGAAUUGUCGGAGUUGGUCUCGAAGCCAGAAUUAGACAAACUGUUGCUGAGGCUAGGCGUUCGGGACAUCUGUGAGGUACCUCAGGUGCAGGAGAACGGCCUCGAAAGCCACUCGGCAGGAGCCAACGGGAACAAAACGCCAGAUUUGGGUAUUGAUGUAUCGUUACCAAACAAUGAUGAUCAGCUGUUGAUCGAAACAUCACCGAAGCACUUCGCUCCGAUCGUCCCGCCACGAAACCUUCAAAGUCAGAUCAACAACACGCUGGAAGCGUUCAAACCAUCGGUGGGCACCAAGCUGGAAGGGCUGCUGCUGAAUUCCGAUUCCGACAGUGACUUUGAUCCGCGGGCACCGGACAACGACAGCCCCUCGAUGGUUGGUGGUGGCAACAAGAUUAGCAACGACCUGUUCGGAUUCGAACCGCCGAAACAGAGCGUCGGCCAGCAGCUGUUCAAUAACAGCGUCAGCAACAACAAUCAUACCAGUUUUACCAAUUCCAACGGCCACGGAACGGCCAACGGAUUCGGUGCCCCAACGAGUCCUCCUCCGAUACUGGCUCCUCCACCACAGAAAGCUGUUCCGCGAAGGACGGUGACGCAUCAAAACAAUGGCAACGCAAUCAACGGUAAUGGUUACCAGGAUCUGUUUGGAUCGGCACCGUUCAACCCCCAGGAGCCACAGGAACAAAAUCCGUUCGAAGGGGGUAACUCGAUGACUUUCGCCUCGGUCAACCAGGGUCCUACACCGAACAGCUUCACGGACGAAAUUCAAAUUCUGGCAAACAAUUCUUCCAAACUGGACAAUGUACUGGCAAUGAACAGUUUAAUCCAGGGCCAUGCCACUAAUGGUCCGAUUUUCAACACCAACGUUCCGCAAAUGGGUCCGACUUCACCUCUCGGCGGGAAACUUAACCCGUUUGCCGGGGUACUUCGGAACAAUCCACUGGCCUCGAUGAUCAAGCCGAACCACUCUCAGCAACAACAUCACAACCACAACGGCUUCGGUGGGGCCGGCAAUUACGACAUGUUCCAGAAUGUGACCGCAGACUCGGACUCUCUAACCGACAACCUCCAAAAACGGCUUAUUUAGCUCCGACGAUCUGCUGGACACAUUUGAUCCGUUGAAAAAGUAAGCCGAAUCAUCCCAGCUGGUUCCCAACUUUUCCGUAGGUCCUAUCCGAUGUCUGGUUGUGUGUAUGGUUGCACGCAAUUUGAGUUUGGCAAAUUGGUACUGAUGCGAGCAAUCGAAUCAAAAAAAGGGUUCUAAAGUUUUUGGAAAAUAGUUCCGGGUUUGCAAUCGCAAAAUUUGCCAGUGUGAGAACGUGUUAUGAAGGAAAAAAAAACAAAACUGAUGAUGAUGAGAGUAAUAUGAGCCUUAUUAGCCCCAGGCCUUAAAUAAUGGAAACACAAACGAAACAAUUAGAAUUAAUCAGAGUGGUGCACGAAAUAUUUACAAUUUAUAGUAGAGAAUGAUCGUUAUUCGUAGGGUAGGUUUUGUGCGCGUGUGUGUUUUGUAAAGGAAAGUAAGAGAGAGAGAGAGCGCACUUAAGUUGUGAAUUGGGAGCAAAGUUGUUUAAAUUUUACAAAGGAAAACUAUUGAACUUUUUUUUGGCAAUUUACCGGGUGAAGAGUAUUUUGUUUAUACCAUUAGCAUAUUUAGGCUUUUGUUUAGUGUGUCAGUUAGUUGGCAAAUUUAGUAUGUAUUCUUAUGAAAAAUUGGCAAUUUGGAAAGGCGAAAUUGUGUAGCCGUCGCGGGCGGCGUGAAUUAUGGAACAAUUUAGUAGUAUUACCCACUGUUGGAAUACUCCGUUUGGUAGAGAAUAAAUAUCCAAAGUAUGUUAGAAAACGGAAUGAAAUCGUCAGAACAAAAAAGCCCCGUACGAUCUAUACCCUCCCCCUCUAGAAUCUCGAAUGUGAUAAAUGAACCUUGAAACGAAAAAUCCGAAAGAACAUUCCAAUGGUUUUGAAUCGAAUCAUUUCCUGCAGUGCAAAUUGCAGAGAAUUUAUUUGUGCAAGUGUAACCCGAGCUGAAUGUUAGCGCGCUACUGGGCGCACCAGCUCGCUCUGGUGAAGACUAGCGAUACCACCACUAGCCUACUAGCGCAUACGGUGCUUCGAAAUCGGAAAUCAGAAACUGAACAAUGGGAUAACUUGCGCAAAAAAACUAGAACCAGUUUCAAGUUAAACAGAAUAAUGAAAAUCUUUUUUUAGUUUUUUUCAUUAUGUUUUGUGUAUGAUAUAUUAAUCUUUAGUUGUACGUAACAUGCAAUACGUAUAGAGCUCUCACUAUUUCGUUGGAAUGUUUUUUUUGCCUAAAUCUUUACUUCCAUUUCGCUUCUACUGUCCCCAUUAUUAUGAGUUUUUUUUUAAUCAUUAAAAAAAAUUAAACAGGUUUCUAUAACAUAUUUUCCUUUAGAAUCGAUAGGACGGUAGUAUAGAAAUCUUUGUCCUGUAUUCAACACAGUAGCAUGAAGAACAAAUAACUUUUAGAACUAAAUCGAAUCAAAGUGUAGAUGGAAUUAUGAGAAAGAAAUAAUGUAAAACAGAGAGAAAGAGAGAACAUUAUAACUAUCCACUAAUCUAGGGUUUAAACAAUGAUCAAUUAAGUAAUAUAUAAAAAGAGGAAGAGAAAAACUGAGAAGAAAGAAAACAUAUCCCCCUGUCCUUCUAUCUACACAAACACCCCCCCCCCCCUCCCCCCCCCUUGGUUUGCCCGAAAGAAGAAGAAAAAUCACACAAAACAACACUACAGCAAAUAUCUGUAUCAAACAAUUACCUACUUGUAGAUUCAUUGUUAUUCUAGUUUUAGUGUACGAUCUAGCAAUGAUAUUUGUGAACAAUAAAUGGUCAAUAAAACGUAAUUAAUC